AUGUUAUUCUCCUUUUUAUGUCACCCUGUUGAUAAUGCCCGACCACAUGUUGCAAGAGUCACAAUAGACUUCUUUCAACAUAAUAAUGUCACAUUGUUACCAUGGCCACCAAGAUCUCCCGACUUAUCCCCAAUUGAGCACGUGUGGGAUAUGACGGGUAGGAGAUUGCUCAAUUUGCAACAGGAGUUGGUGGUUGCCUGGAAUGAGAUACCGCAGGAGGAUAUUGACCACCUGAUCAGAGGCAUGCCUAGGCGCGUUGGAGAAUGCGUAGCACAUCAGGGUGCAUCCACACAUUAUUAA